AAAUGCAAACAAUAUGGCUGUCGUUUCGUAGUAGUAAUGUGUGACCCAUGGUGUAUUGAGUGUAACUGACAGCAUUCGUGUGCAUGUUCAUUAAAUGUUCAAGAACAUACGUGCAAGAACUGUAGCACCACAGAUGUUUGCAUUGUCAAAGGAUAUUUUUGCGGCUAUAAAAUGUUCUUCUCGUCUUCUUCAAGGUUUUCCCAGAAGUAAUACUAUCUGUAGUUCUACGACAGUAAAGAACAACAAAGCAGAUGAGAAAAAACAAAAGUGUGAAGAUAUACCAGUUGAAAAUAUUAGAAAUUUUAGUAUUAUUGCACAUGUGGAUCAUGGAAAGAGUACAUUGGCAGAUCGACUUUUGGAGAUGACUGGUGCAAUUAUGAAAAACAGUGGGCGAAGUCAAGUAUUGGAUAGAUUACAGGUUGAACGUGAACGUGGUAUUACGGUUAAAGCACAGACAGCCUCAUUAAACUACACUUUAAAUAAUCAUAAUUACUUGUUAAACCUCAUUGAUACACCAGGUCAUGUUGACUUUUCAACUGAAGUUUCACGUUCUUUGGCAGCCUGUCAAGGAGUUAUAUUGUUAGUAGAUGCAAAUCAGGGCGUUCAAGCUCAAACAGUGGCUAAUUUUUAUAUGGCAUUUGGUAAAGAACUCGUUAUAAUUCCAGUUCUAAACAAAAUUGAUUUAAAAAAUGCUGAUCCAGAGAAAGUAUCAGGCCAGUUGAGGACACUGUUUGAUAUCAGUGAAAAUGAUAUAUUGAAGGUAUCUGCCAAAUUAGGCACAGGUGUUGAAGAUGUAUUGAAAGCUGUAGUAGACAGAUUGCCACCUCCCCCAGUGAAUCGCGAAACUCCAUUCCGCGCCCUACUUUUUGAUAGUUGGUAUGACAGAUAUCAAGGGGCUGUGGUAGUAGUCUAUGUUACAGAUGGUUCAGUAAAAAUAGGAGAUGAGAUUGUUGCAAUGCACUCAGGCAAGAAUUAUGAAAUUAAAAGUACUGGAUUGUUACGGCCUCAUGAAGAACCAACAAAUAAACUGGUAGCAGGACAAGUGGGAUACUUGACUUGCAACAUGCGUUCCACCAAAGAAGCACAUAUUGGUGAUACAUUGCACCACAGAAAUCAGUCUGUGACUAUGUUACCAGACUUUAAACCUGCAAACCCUAUGGUAUUUGCUGGUGUAUACCCCAUGGACCAAUCACAACAUGUCGUCCUACGAAGUGCCAUUGAGAAGCUGGUGCUUAAUGAUUCAGCUGUAACUGUUGCAACUGAUUCCAGUCCAGCACUGGGGCAGGGCUGGAGGUUAGGUUUCCUUGGUUUGCUGCACAUGGAAGUGUUUAACCAGCGUCUUGAACAGGAGUAUGAUACUCAAGCUGUCAUCACAGCACCAAGUGUCACAUACAAAGCUAGGAUAUUUGGAGAGAAGAAUGUUAAACGAUACGGUGGAUCAGAAAUUACCAUUACAAAUCCAGCACAUUUUCCUGAUCCAUGUAUUGUUACUGAAUUCCUGGAACCUAUGGUGAUGGGAACAAUCAUAACUCCAGACACAUAUCUGGGUCCCAUCUUGUCUCUCUGCAUGGAGCGACGAGGUACUCAGCAAAGUUCUACCAACAUUGAUAACCAUCAUGUGAUUAUGCAUAUUUUGUUACCACUAAAUGAGAUUGUUGUGGAUUUCCAUGACCACCUAAAGUCCAUUUCUUCAGGUUAUGCCAGUUUUGACUAUGAAGAAUAUGGAUUUGUUCCUUCCAGACUUGUAAAGUUGAACAUUCUGCUGAAUGGGAUUGCUGUUGAGGAACUCAGCAUGGUGGUGCAUGCCUCCAAGGCAUCUGGUGUGGGACGCAGAGUAUGUCUCAAACUUAAGGAAAUUAUACCACGACAAAUGAUUGAGAUUGCUAUUCAAGCUGCAGUUGGAGGCAAAAUUGUUGCAAGAGAAACUCUGAAAGCAUAUCGCAAGGAUGUGACAGCAAAGUUGUAUGGAGGAGAUGUGACCAGGAGAAUGAAACUGCUAAACAGACAGGCAGAGGGCAAGAAAAGUAUGAAGUUGGUGGCCAACAUUAGGCUGCCAAGAGAGACAUUCAUCGAUGUGUUGAAACGAUAGAGCUUCAAAAAUCAUACGAUUCACUAUAGCUUACCAUCACAUUGUUCAGCCACAGACUGCAUCAAAAAAGGGUUACCAACAGAAUACAGUGAAACAUCACUAGUAUGCCUUUUUAAGGACCAAGAAUUAUUCUGACAAUGUUGGGAUUAUAGCUUCUUCUGAUUCAGUAAUGAGGUACAAUGGUGAUAUUACACUUUAUUUCAGAACAAAAUUUUCUGCAACUUUUGGAAGUGAUGAACAGCAUUGACCGACACUUCAGUGUAUAUUGUCAUUGUAAGGGCAUAUAAAAUUAAAACCUGUGGAAAUAGUUCUUUCACAAUACAGAACAGAACAACAUAUAGCGCAUUGAAGAGCAAAACAUCUUAUGCCUUAUAUCUGGGUGUUUUAUCCCUUAAUAGGCUACAGGAUUAAAGUGACGAAAUAACUUUCUGAUCUGUCAUGAAUAUGAAGACAAAAGAAUACAUCAAAGUUUACCAAAAAUGCUGUAUGGGAAGGAGCACUAUCAUGGUGCAAAAUUCACUGGCCUAGUCAAAUAUUUUAUCUUCUUCAGUGAAUGUUCCAUUGCUGAGCUCCAUGGAAUUAGUUAAGUUUUUUGUUCCAAGAGUUUAUCACCAACACUUAUGAUAACAAACAAAAAAUUUCCAAUUGAACAAACUGAAUCCUGAUGACUGUUUGGCUGCUAAAUCAUGAAGGGGGUUAACCAGCCUCCUAUUCAGUAUGCACUGGAAUACAGUUGGCCAGAAAGUGAAGCCUCACCUCUGUGUAAUGCUGAUUGGACCAUCCAGCCUAUUAUUCAUUGUGAACCUAGAGUAAACUCAGUCUCUUUAAUUGUUAUACUUCAUAUGUACAGUUACAGAAUAACCAAGAGUAGGUAACCAAGUAUGAGCAUGUUAAAUGAUUGACCAGUUGGUGCUGUAAUAUCAAGUCCACGAUCUGCCCUCUCUGAAUACUGGUACUUAAUUUCCGUUCUUUUAUUUCCCCUUAAUACAAUACCUGAAAUAAAUAUAUAACUUACAUAA